UAAAAGGGUGUCUCUCUCUCCUCUUUCUUUCUUUCUUAAAAGAGUUUCUAUCAUCUCUCUCUCCUCUCUCUUCCUUUCUCUCUCUUCUCUGUCUCUCUCUCUCCUGAAAGCAAAAAAACCCUAAGAUUUGUUUACCAACAAUUUAUUGAUGGAUGACGACGGUUUGAACAUGAGGAACUGGGGUUAUUAUGAACAAUCCCUUAGAGGGAAUCUAGGUCUUCAACUGAUGUCAUCGGUGGUUGAUCGAGAUACAAAACCAUUCCUUACUAGGCGUGAGAAUCCAAUUAUGCUUGGUGCUAAUGGGGUGUUCCAUUCUCGGGAUUCUAUCAUUCCAGAAGCACCUUUAUCUCACAUUGAUUAUGUAAGGGACGGUUGGAUAAAUCACAGAGAAAAGUUUCUUAAUAUGUUUCCGGGGAGUCCUUACACUACCGUUCUCCCUGAAACCUCUGCAAGUCAUUCCAUGCAAAUGAUACAACAACCUGAUGCAACUAAGGAUGUGGGGGUGAAUGCAGAGGAACCACCAAGUGUUAGGAAAGAAAGUGGUCCUUCAAAGAGAAAGACAGGUGGUGCCACCCCCAAAGCUCCCAAAGCAAAGAAGUCAAAGAAAGCCUCAUCCGUACCUAAGGAAAACGGUAAUCCCUCUGUUCAAAGAGCAAAACCAGCUAAGAAGAGCAUGGACAUUGUAAUAAAUGGAAUUGAUAUGGACAUAACUGGCAUUCCUAUACCAGUUUGUUCCUGCACUGGUGCUCCUCAGCAAUGCUAUCGAUGGGGAUGUGGUGGCUGGCAGUCUGCUUGUUGCACCACUAGUAUAUCAAUGUAUCCACUUCCAAUGAGUACUAAAAGACGUGGAGCAAGGAUUGCUGGAAGAAAGAUGAGCCAGGGUGCAUUCAAGAAGGUUUUGGAGAAACUUGCUGCCGAAGGUUACAAUUUUGCUAAUCCAAUUGAUCUGAGGACUCACUGGGCUAAACAUGGUACCAACAAGUUUGUGACAAUCAGGUAGUUUCCAAAUCUAUUCUAUUUUCGGAAUAUGCAAUAGAAGAUUGUACGGCUGAUUGCAUUGUUUUCAGUUCAUAGUAAAAUAUUGAACUGUUGGUCUUGGAGCUGGCUUUUGUGACAGAAAGAAGGUGGUGUGGGUGGGACAGAAUUGCAUGAGAUGAUAGGUUAAUGGAUUGAAAUAUUUUGAAGGAUGUUACUUUGGAGAAAUCCAACAGUGCCUUGUUAUGUGUGUUAGUCUGAGGUACACAAUAUGUCUUGGAUUAGAGUCAGACUAUCGCUAUCCCCUGUUAUGGGAGAUAGAUGGUGUUGCUGCAUUUGUUUACAGGUCAAUGGAUGAUUAGUAUAUGCGGAGUAACAUACUUUUAAAGUAAAUUUAUAAUAUGUAGUCUUGAUGUGAACUCCAGAGUGUUUGUCCAUUAUUCAUAAUUUUAAAGAAGAGGCGGACUCUUGAUGCCUAUUGAAAUGUCACAGGAUAAUCUCCCCUCCCCCCGGUUUCUUGUUCAGUUGGGGACUUAGGAGGAUUAGGUUGGUUGGGGAUUGUUUCGAGAUGAGAUUUAGCAUGUGUAGCUAGAAUGUCAAAUUAGAGCUCUAGGCAUAUGGUCUAAAGUUUGCUCUUUUUGAGUCAGAAUUCUUGUUGUAGAUGUUUUUGGUUUACCAUUUUGAUAGUCUGAAAUGCAUAAAUGACACAGUUGGUGAGUA